AACGGAAGACUCGAAGUCAGCUGUUUCGACGGAAUUAAGAGAAUGGGCCACAUCAGAGGUAAAUUGAGAAAGAAGGUCUGGAUGGGCCAAGGUGACAUUAUUUUGGUUUGUUUAAGAGAUUUUCAAGACGACCAGUGUGAUGUUGUUCACAAGUUCAACUCUGACGAGGCCAGAACUUUGAAAUCUAUGGGUGAGUUGCCAGAAUCGGCCAAGAUUAACGAGACUGACACAUUCGGCGCUGACGAUGACGAGGAAGUCAACUUCGAGUUCGGUGACGAUGACGAUGACGAUGACGAUGAUGACGAUGAGUUGGACAUCGACGAUAUCUAAGCGCGUCCCCGCUGGCGCUCAUUAAUUUAUAUCAAUGUGUUUAUAAUCUCUAAAUGUAAAGUAUACUUGGCUGCGUCCGGGUCUCCCACACUACUGACUAUACGUAACUAUAGCAAGCAAAGAAGUCUUUGACUUACAAUUGUGACAUGAG